AUGACAGCAACAGAAACAACAGCAAAAGCGUCCCAGACAGAACAACAAAGCAAAUGCCCCGUCCUUGGGCCUUCGGGGCCGGGCUGCCCCUACUCCAAAGGAGAAAAGAUCCCCGGCCCAACUGCCUAUCCCCUGAUCGGCAGCAUCCCCCACCUUGACCUCAAGGCGCCCUUUGAAUCCAUGCUGGCAAUCCAAAAACAGUACGGCCCCAUCUUCCAGAUGGUGUUUGCCGGAAAGCGCGAGAUCAGUGUUUGCACGCGGGAGCUUGCCCACGAGGUGUGCGACGAGACGCGCUGGCACAAGCUCGUGACCAGCGGCGUCUCGACCCUGCGCCAGGUCGUGCAGGACGCCCUCUUCACGGCGCACCACGGCAGCCGCCAGUGGGGCAUCUCCCACCGCAUCCUCAAGCCCAUCUUUGGCCCGCUCAGCGUCCGCAGCAUGUUUGACGAGAUGAGCGACGUCGCCGAGCAGCUGUGUCUGAAAUGGGCGCGUCACGGUCCAGACCACGCCAUCGACGUGGCUGGCGACUAUACGCGUCUGACGCUGGACACCAUCGCCCUCUGCAUGAUGGACUAUCGCUUCAACAGCUUUUACCGCGACGGUCAGCACCACCCCUUUGUCAAGCACAUGGUGGCCAUCCUGAGCGAGGCCGACAUCCAAGCCAUGCUGCCGGACUGGGCCGGUGUGUUCCGUCCCCGGGCCAUGCGCAAGUUCAAAAAGGACAUCCAGCUCAUGACGGACCUGUGCAGGGGCAUGGUGGAAGCCAGGAGGGCCAACCCCGUCAAGCGGCGUGACUUUUUAAACGCCAUGCUGCAGAACAGCGACCCCGAGACCGGAGAGAAGCUGGACGACGAGGAGAUUGUCCGCAACCUCAUCACCUUCCUGGUGGCAGGCCACGAAACAACCUCUGGCAUGCUGUGCUUUGCCACCUACUACCUUCUCAAGCACCCAGAGACGCUGGCCAAGGCGCAAAAGGAGGUCGACGACGUGGUCGGCACCGGCCCAGUCACCGCCACCCACCUCGGACAGCUGCCGUACCUGGACGGCGUGUUCCGCGAGGCGCUGCGGCUGAUGCCGACGGCGGUUGCCUUUUACGUGACCCCCUACAAGCCCGAGAUGCUGGGCGGCAAAUACCUCGUCGAGCCGGGCGAGGCCGUCUGUCUGCUCCUGGAUCCCAUCCACCGCGACAGGGCAGUCUACGGGCCCGACGCCGACGAGUGGAAACCGGAGCGCAUGCUCCAGGAAAAGUUCGAGGCGUUGCCGGCGGACGCGUGGAAGCCGUUUGGCAACGGGCAGCGUAUCUGUCUCGGCAUGCCCUUUACGUGGCAGGAGUCCAAGCUGGCCAUGGCCAUGCUGCUGCAGAAUUUCGACCUGAGCAUGGACGAUCCCGAUUACAAGCUCAAGAUCAAGCACCUCUUGACCAUCAAGCCAGAGGGCUUCAACAUCAGGGCCAAGCUCCGACACGGGAGGACGGCCACGGACCUGCACGGCGAGCUGAGGCAGAAACGGGCAGAGGGGAGGGAGAUGCAAUUAAGUCAAGACGUGCCCCUGGGUCGAGAACAAGAGAUAUCCAUCCUCUACGGCUCGGAUACCGGCACGUGCGAGGCUCUCGCCAACCGUCUGGCCUCCCACCUCGACGGCCGCGGGCUCAAAACAACAGUCGGGACGAUGAACUCGGCGGUGGGGAAGCUGCCCGCACUCUCCGUCUUCAUCUGCGGCACAUACCACGGAAAGCCAGCCGGGAACGCGGCCAAGUUUAUGGAGUGGAUCGAGCAGCUCCAACCAGGCGAUCUAGGCCGAGAACACGGCGGACCUCGGUAUGCGGUGCUGGGGUGCGGCCACAGCGAUUGGGCAAAGACCUUUUACAUGAUUCCUCUGCUGCUCGAUGCCCGGCUCGAGGUGGCUGGUGCGUCGCGGCUGAUGCCCAUGGCAAAGAUCAACAAUGCCAAGGAUGAUGCGUUUGAGGUGCUCGAUCGGUGGACCACUGGGCUGCUGGGCGCGGUGCAAGACGGUCAAGGGGCAGAAUCAACAUCACGAGCUGUCAGCAUCACAGUCACCAAAUCCCCUGAGAAACAGCCAACAGCCCCCGCCCCGCCCGCCGGCUUCUCCACGGCAACCAUCACAAAUGCCAAGACGCUCGCUGUCCACCCAUCCACGGGCCGCGUGGAAAAGGGACACGUCGAGUUUGUCCUUCCAGCUGGGACAAGGUACGAACCGGGCUGGCACGUGCAGGUCAUGCCGCGGAAUGACAGCGCCACCGUCGACCGCGCCCUGUCACGCUUUGGUCUUACAGGCGAUGAUGUCGUGGUUGUCAGCGAGGGUGGCUCGGGGCUUGACCUCCCAGUCGACGUGCCCAUUCACGCCUCGCAGCUUGUUGCCGGUAGAGACCUGCGUCGCGCCAUCACGAGGCCGGAGGUUUUGGAGAGGUUGGCGGAACUAGCAGCCGACGACAUGACCAAAGUUGCGCUGACAGCGAUCAAGUCAGCGCUGGACGAGAACCCGCAGAGCCUCCUCGACAUCCUAGACCGCUUCCCCACGACCGCCAUACCUCUACCUCUGGCAGAGCUCCUCACCCUCUUGCCACGCAUGCAGCCACGGACGUACUCCUUCUCCUCGUGCCCGGCCUACAUGGCAGCGAUCGACAAGACGCAGGACCAGCAGCUCGCCUCCCUCACCUUUUCCGUUGUCGACCAGUCAGCCUCCCCCACCCGCGGCGUCGGCUCCAACUUCCUCUCCUCUCUCGCAGCCAACGACUCCAUCCACAUAUCCGUCCGCUCGGGCCAAGACACCAGCACCUUCCGCCUCCCCUCCGACCCCCUCACGCCAGUCAUCAUGAUCGCCGCCGGCGCCGGCAUCGCACCCUUCCGCGGCUUCCUCCAGCAGCGCGCCGAGCUGCUCAAACAAGGCGCGACCCUCGGCCCGGCGAUGCUCUUCUUUGGCUGCAGGGGCGCCCACGACGAUCUGUACCGCGACGAGCUGGAGGGCUCCCUGGCGGACGUCGUGACGGUCGAGAGGGCGUACUCGCGCCCCGCCGCCGGUGCGGGCAGGUAUGUCGCCGACGCCCUGGUCGGGCCGCGGCGGGACGAGCUGGUCGGGCUCUGGGGCAGGGGCGCCGUCGUGCUCGUUUGCGGCACCAAGAAGCUUGCUGACGGGGUGGAGGCGGCGCUGGGGCCGGCUCUGUUCGAGGCGGACAGGCGGGAGGGUAGAAUCGGUGUCCAUGUCGAGCGCGAUGCCUGGUGGGAGGGUUGCGUGGACAAGGGGAGGUAUGUUAUCGAGGUUUUUGCCUGA